AUGUCUGGAUCUUACUGCAAAAGUUUAUACUCCUUCAGCGGGGACCAACAUCAGCAGGGUUUGACUUUUGAAGUUGGAGAAAUCCUAAAGAUAGUUCAGCCAUUGCCAGGCGGCUGGUGGGAAGGAGAGCUGGAUGGAGUCAGGGGAUGGUUCCCAGCAAGUUAUGUUCAGGUCUUAGAGAAAACUGCGUCUAUGACCUCACUGCCUGUUGAGGACCUCGGAGAGCCUCUCCCUCAACACUGGAAGUGCUACAUGUCACCACAAGGGCGGCACUACUAUGUCAACACAGCCAGCAAUGAGACAACGUGGGAGAGACCUUCCAGUGUACCUGGGACCCCCAAAACACCUUUGAAACACAAGAACUCACUACCUACAGUGAACGGGUUUCACUCCAGUGGCGGUACGUUGCAUCAGAGUGAACACUCCCACAUCAGUCUGGUCAAAAAGCCCAGUUCCGAACUACAGAAUCCAGGUCCUACAUCACCCACCAGGAGACAGAGCAAAGAGACUACCAUCACAAUUAACUGUGUAACGUUCCCCCUCCCUAUGAGUAUGCCUGAGCAGCAGCUGCUGAAGCCAGAUGAGUGGAGCUACUGUGACUACUUCUGGGAGGAUAAGAAGGACCCUCAGGGGACAAGCUCUAUCUCAGGGUUUGAGGUCUUACUGCAGAAACAGCUGAAGGGGAAACAGAUGCAGAAAGAGAUGGCCGAGUUUAUACGAGAAAGAAUAAAGAUAGAAGAAGAAUAUGCCAAGAACCUCUCCAAGCUGUCACAGAUUCCCCUCGCAGGACAGGAGGAAGGUACUCUAGGGGAAGCUUGGGUGCAGCUGAAGAAGAGUUUGACUGAAGAGGCUGAGGUUCACCUCAAGUUCUCCUCUAAGCUCCAGAGUGAGGUGGAGAAGCCUCUGUUGACUUUCAGAGAUAACUUUAAGAAGGACAUGAAGCGGUUCGACCAUCACAUCGCAGAACUACGGAAACAUCUGGUCGGACGGCACACAGCCGUGGAGAAGGCCCGUAAGGCUCUAGCGGACAGACAGAAGGACCUGGAGGUGAAAACGCAGCAGAUGGAGGUCAAACUAAGCAACAAGAUCGAGGAGGACAUCAAGAAGGCCCGGCGGAAGUCCACACAAGCAGGAGAUGACCUGAUGCGCUGUGUCGACCUUUACAACCAGUCCCAGUCCAAAUGGUUUGAGGAGAUGGUGACCACAAGCCUGGAGUUGGAGAGGCUGGAGGUAGAGAGGGUGGAGAUGAUACGACAGCAUCUGUGUCAGUACACCACCUUGCGGCAUGAGACGGACAUGUUUAACCAGAGUACGAUGGAGCCAGUGGAUCAGCUGUUACAGAGUGUGGACCCAGCUAAAGACCGAGAGCUCUGGGUCCAGGAGCAUAAGACAGGAGACAUCAGGCCUGUGGACAUUGAGAUAUAACACACCUGGUUCCCAGGGGUCACACACGUGGAUCCACAAGCAUCAAUCUAUACUAGGGCUUCAAGACCUUAGCCCCUUUACUAAAGUCAACUUUGAGAUAUUAUGGACAUCCUGAGAAAUGAGAAUAAGUCAUGAGAGAGAGAGAGAGAGACUUGAUGCCCUUGAGUAUUCUAUAUGUAUGGUAGACAGACAGUGUUCAUUAUGACCUAGAGGACUACUAUAGGGAAGACAGGUGUGUAUAUGGGCCAAACUCAGGUGAGGGGAAUGUAUUACCAACAUAAACAAACGGCAUGGCUAUUUUGACCUGUACGUAAUCUAUGGUCUACAGUAAGUACAAGCCUGUGGGACUGAGGCUGUGUGAGCUAUAACCCCAAACAAAUUCUGUAAAUGGUUGGCCAACUGAAAUACUGACGCAAAGGUUAAUUAUGAAAUUUAACAGCUACUGCUGCUUUUAUGUAAUAACCGUACAUCAUAUGCAUUCCGAUUUAUAGAUUAUAUUUUUAUCUGCGCCACUAAAUUGAAACUGUAAAGUGAGGUGAACAAAAGGUUUUUAAGGUGAAUAUUGAUUCUGCAAACGUAUAUCAAAUGGGUCGUUUGGAAGAGAGCUUGACACAAAUUGAACAGAUCUACAAUGUAUUGUGACGUUUUCCUUACUGUUGAAUUGAUCAACAUUUGAAUUAUAGUCUCUAAGGGGGCAGUACAACUGGGAUGCUGUUACAAGGGAAUGUGCUUUCGCUUUUGUAAAUACAAGAUGAAUAUACUAAAUGUAAGAUAAUGGGGUGUAGAAGUAAAACAUCUAGAGAAUGAAGGAUGUAAAAUAGUGGAAUCCGCAGUAGAACAGAUGAUAUAUAUAUAUAUACAUUACACAGGAGUGAUGGUACAGAUAAUAUAUUAAAGUGAUAUUACACAAUGAUUAUUUUUCUACUAAAUGAAAUGACGACAACGUUGUUUCAGAAACGCGCUAACUGGGUGUAGAUCCUCAACUGAAGUUGAAAUGGUUACAGUAUAUCAUGAUCCCGUUUCUCUCCUGUAAGUAUUACGUACAUGUUACUACUGUUCCAUGCAGACGCAUACAUGUUGUACAGACUUUUCCAUUUAUUGUUUGUUUGGUGCAACAAGAGCCUUGAACGUUCCAAGGAUUCUGCAUAUGGACAUAACUGCUGAAUGUUUGGCAUUAAUGUCUUUGCAUUGAUAUGGUAAAUAUAUAGAUAUACAUUUUAUGUUACAUCUAUCUCUGGUAGUUCCUUUCUGCUGUUUUUUAUUUGACAAUAGAACCAGGUGAUUUUUGUAGGUAUUUGUGUUUCUGGCAAAUUAUCUUGAGGCUACAAGAAGACAUUUAAGGAAUGAAAAAAGGUUUUAUUUCUUAACACAUUUUUACAUUCAACAAUAAAAUGCUUUGGACAAGUA